AUGCCAGAAAUGCAUGAUGUUAUUAAUAAAUUGGAUUCGCUAGAGGAAAAGGUGCUCUCUUUUGAUAAAGACGACAUGAAACUUUUGAGCGUCCGUGUACACGAUCAAAAUAAAGCAUUGGAUCAUACAUUGAGCAAGAUCGACGAGCGCAUUGAGCGAGUUGAAUUUAUCUCUGCGGAGUACCAAUCACGCAUUGACGUUCUCGAAAAAGAAAACACAAACCUCAAAGAUAAAGUUACAUACUUAGAAUCUCAAAGCAUGCGGAACAAUCUAGUGCUAGGUGGACUCAAGGAGGAGCCUGGUGAAAAUUUGGAUUUAAAAUUUCGUGAUUUCUUAGUGAACAAACACAAAAUGGCCCAGUCAAUAGUGGAGUCCAUGAAACUUGAGCGCAUACAUCGUAUGGGAGCGCCCGGCUCUCGUCGGGACCGCAACGUGGUUAUAAAAUUUGCGUUUUUCUCAGACAGGGAGAUUGUUCGUCGGCAAAAGCGUUUGUUGAGAGGAUCGGAUUAUUACCUUUAUGAACAAUUCCCGCCGGAAAUAGCAGCCCGAAGAAGGAGGUUAGUACCAAAACUACAGGAGGCAAUUAAGGCCAACAAAAAGGCAUUGAUGGUAUAUGAUACCCUUUAUAUCGAUGGACAGCCAGUUAAGUGUCAAUAG